AGCGCACCCGCGCCCUCCUCGCAGCAGCCACCCUCGCCCUCAUAUGCAUCUACGCGCCUCCCGUCCUCUCCUCGCUCUCCCGCGCCCUCGACACUUCUCCGCUCCAGCCCAACUCAGCCCAAGCCGACGACCCCGCCUCCGAGUUCAAAGACGACAUCUUCCCCUUCCGCCCCAGCGCCUCGUGGGACAUCUCCACCGACUUCCCCUACCCGCGCCUCCUGCAGUACGACGUCGAGGAGGGCACCUGGCUCCGCCUCGACGUGCACCCCACGUCAGGCGACAUCGUCUUCGACAUGGUCGGAGACCUGUACUGUCUCCCCGCCUCGGCGUACCUCCCGAACCUGCACCUGGAGGGCGCGCCGCCGACGCGCGCGGUUCCUGUUACGCAGGGCGUGCCGUUCGACUCGGAGCCGCAUUUCUCGCCGGAUGGGAGGAGGCUGCUGUUCACGAGCGAUGCAGAGUCUGGUGUGGAUAAUAUCUGGAUCACGGAGUGGAAGGGCUGCGAGGCGAUGGACCUGAGCGUGUCGUCUCGCGCGAACGCCGACCUCGCGCGUGUGCUGGAGACCAGGGACCUCGACGAGGACCUCCUCGCCCAGGGCGUCCCCGAGACUGCGGAGAGAACGCACAACAGGCUGCUGCGCGAGGGACGGCUUGGAGCCCAACGCGUGACGAACGAGACGUACAGAUUCGUGGCCGACGCCCGUUUCCACCCCUCGGGCGACAAGAUCAUCGCGACCAAGCGCUACUUCUCCGAACGCAGUCUUGGAGCCGGCGAGGGCUGGGCGUACGACUUGCCCGGCGCCCAAACGCAGAACAACAUCAUCCCCGUCGGCGCCGGCACCCGCGUCGUCGGCAGAACCCUGCCGCCCGGAUGGUCCAAGGAGGACUACGAAGGCCAGCAGAUCGGCGCGGAGCAGUUCAUCUGGGCGGGCGAGGACACGCUGAUCUACUCGAAGAACGUCGUAGACGAUGGGGUCUUUACGUAUAGCAAAGACGUCCACAGCGGCAUAUACGCCAUCUUCGCGAAGAACCUCACGUCCGGCGAGACCGAGACGCUCGUCGGCGCGUUCCCCGGCGGCGCCAGCCGCCCCGAGCUCUCGCGCGACGGACGCACGCUCGCCUUCGUGCGCCGCGUGCGCGACCGCGAGGCGCUCGUCCUGAAGGACCUGCACACCGGCACACUGCACCACAUCUGGCACGGGCUCACAUACGACCUCUCCACGAUCUACGCGCCCAUGGGCACAUACCCCUCCUUCGCGUUCACCCCCUCCUCAUCCGCCAUCAUACUCUGGGCCGCCGGCCAGAUCUACAAUGUCCCACUGAGCGUCAACGCCGACGGCGAGCGCGUCGCGGCCACAGGCGCGUCUCCCGCGCCGAUCAGGUUCAGCGCGACGAUCCGCAAGCGCCUCGCGGAGACGCGCAGCGGCGAUACGGCGGAUCUGGUGCGGAUGGAGACGGCGGAGACGCAAAGGCUGCACGCGUUCAAGGAGCUGCAGGCGGACGACGGCGGGCGCAGGGUGCUGUUCCACGCCGCGGGCGCUACGUACGUCCAGGAUGUCGCCGCCGUCAGUGGGGAAGGAAGCGACGCUGCGCCGCGGAGAGUGCCCGUGCUGCGCCCCGCGCAGGCGUACUACGCCGCGUCGUUCGUGCCCGGCGCGCCGGACCUCGUCGUGCACGCGCGCUGGUCGGACAGCGCGUUCAGCGCGAUCGAGAUCGCGAAUGUUUCUGGCGGUGCGCUUGAGAUCGCGGGUCUCCCGCUGGGACGGUACUACGCGCCCGUGCUGUGCGCGUGCGCAGGCGCGACGGUGCGCACGGUCGCGUUCGUCAAGACCGGCGGGGACGUGCUCACGGGCGACGUGGUCGCUACUGCGAACACGGGGCUGUAUCUCGGCGAGAUUGCGCUCCCGCGCGCCAUCUCCGGCGACGCGGAGACAGUCGAGCUCAGAAACCUGCGCUACGUGCGCACGGACAUCGCCACCGAGGACCCCGCGCUGCGCCUGCGCUUCAUCGACGCGAACCGCACCCUGCUCAUCCAGGAAUCCGACCGCGCGUACGUGCUCGAUCUCGCUUCCGCGCCUGACGCCUACACGGGGAAACACGCGCACGAGACGCUCGCGACGGGCAAAGCGUCCGACGGGCUCGCCGUUGUCCCGCGCAAGGCGCGCAGGGGGGGAGAAGGAGGGUACGCGGCGCGCACGGCGGCGUUCGUGGAUAAUUAUCAUGUGUAUGUCGUGGACGGGCGCGAUUUCGGGAGGGACGAGGCGCUGUGGAGUCGCCCUGGGAAGGCGACGAGGGGGAUCGCGCGGGUGAGUUUGGACGGGGGGCAUGAUGUUGCGUUUAGCGGCGACGGGAGGAGGCUGUUUUGGCUGCUUGGCCCCUAUCUGCACUCCAUCGACCUCAGCAAGCUCCGGCACUGCACACGCGCGAUCAAAAACGACGCAUCGACGUUCGGCAUCGCGUGCACGCGCGAGCAGCUCGACGUGCAGGAGCUCGACGUGCGCUUCCCGACGGACAUCGCACGGCUCAAGCGCGACGCGCGCGCGGCGUCGCCGGAGAACGACGAUGCGGAUGUGGUCGUGGUGCGCAAUGCGACGGUGCUGACGAUGCAGCACGGGGCGCGCGCGCGGGAUCUGGUGAGCGGAGGUGUGGUUGUUGUUCGGGCGGGUGUGAUCGAGGCGGUGGGCGAUGCUGAGACGACGGUUGUCCCACCCGGUGCGACGGUUAUCGAAGCUGACGGAGGCUACGUCGUACCGGGCUUCAUCGACGCGCACGCUCACUGGAGCGGCACGGAGACGCACUACCCCACGACGUCCUGGGAGAUGCAGACCUUCCUCGCGUACGGGGUUACCACCCUGCACAACCCGAGUCUCGAAAACGUCGGCGGCUACGUCGAGCGCGGGCGCAUCGAAAACGGCCUCAUGAUCGGCCCGCGCUCGUUCCAGGUCGGCAACAUCAUCUACGGCGCGUCGAACCUGCACUACCACGCGGACAUCGCGGACAUGCAGGAGGCGCGCUCGGCGCUCAUCAGGAUCAAGGCGGAGGGCGGGCCUGCGAGCUUUUCGUACAAGAACUAUAAUCUUCCUUCGAGGGCGUCGCGCCAGAGGUUGUUGUUGCAGGCUAAGAACUUGUCGAUGCUUUGUGUUCCGGAAGGUGGCAUGAACUACAACUGGGACCUGGCCUACAUCAUCGACGGAAUGACCACUGUCGAGCACAAUAUCCCCAUUCCGGAGCUGUAUGAAGACGUUCUGACGCUGUAUGCUAUGAGUGGCACUGCUGCUACUCCGACGCAUAUUGUGGACUAUGGCGGAGCGUGGGGCGAGCAGCUCGUAUACGAGUAUCACGAUGUCCCUAACGACCCCAAGCUGCGAGAGUUCACGAGGCACGAUAUACUCGAGGGACUCUCCGAGGUCCCUAACCGCCCUUUGAACUCAUACGCGCUCUUCAAUGUCUCCAAAUCCAUCACGAAGAUGGCCGAACGCGGUCUGCUCGCCAACAUCGGCGCGCACGGCGAGCCGCCCCUCGGGCUCAACUACCACGCUGAGAUUUUCUUCGCCCACGUCGGUGGCAUGUCCAACUACCAAGUCCUGCAAGCAGCCACAGCGAACGCAGCAAAGACCUUCGGCCUGUGGAACUCUAUCGGCUCCGUGCACCCGGGCAAGCUGGCGGACCUGGUCAUCUACCCCGCCGGCGUCGACCUUCUGGACGACGAGAAGCCGAACAGCAUCCGGAACACGCAGUCCAUGAAGUACGUGAUGCGGGGCGGCAGGCUUUGGGAGACGGACACGAUGACGGAGGUGUGGCCGGUCAAGGGGAGGAAGCAGGUUGUUGCGCCUAUUAACCCGGCAUAGUGCUAGAGGUAGUGCUCCAAUGCCCAACGUUGAUCCCUCAUUGCAUCGAUGUAAAUACUAAGAAAGACAAGUACGGAUAACAAAGGAGUGGAUUACCAAAGAACAUGUACUGUACAUCAAUGAG